GGCCCCGCCCCCGGCUCCAUCUUGCUGGCGACCAGUGUUGGGCUGUAACGCUGCUCCCCUGGGUCAGGUUGGUAGUGUUUUCUUCAAUUGCAAAAGAAUGUCAUACCCAGGCUAUCCCCCAACAGGCUACCCACCUUUCCCUGGAUAUCCUCCUGCAGGUCAGGAGUCAACUUUUCCCCCUCCGGGUCAGUAUCCUUAUCCUACUGGCUUUCCUCCAGUGGGAGGAGGUGCCUACCCACCAGCCCCAAGUAGUGGCUAUCCAGGAGCUGGAGGCUACCCUGCCACUGCAGGCUAUCCAACCCCUGGAGGCUAUCCUGGUGCCCCACCACCAGGGGGAGCUCCAUCCUAUCCUGGAGUUCCUCCAGGCCAAGGGUUUGGAGCCCCCCCACCAGGUGGAGCAGGCUUUUCCAGCUAUCCACAGCCACCCUCACAGUCUUACGGUGGUGGUCUACCACAGGUCCCACUACCUGGUGGCUUUCCUGGAGGACAGAUGCCUUCUCAAUAUCCUGGAGGACAAGGUCCUUACCCAAGUCAGAUCAAUACAGAAUCUUUUCCUUCCUAUCCUGUUUUCUCUCCUGUUUCUUUGGAUUAUAACACUGAACCUGCCGCAAUGACUCAGGGAGCUCAAGGAACAAUCCGACCAGCUGCCAACUUUGAUGCCAUGAGAGAUGCAGAAAUUCUUCGGAAAGCGAUGAAGGGUUUUGGGACAGACGAGCAGGCAAUUGUGAAUAUUGUGGCCAACCGUUCCAAUGACCAGAGGCAAAAAAUUAAAGCAGCUUUUAAGACCAUGUAUGGCAAGGAUUUAAUCAAAGACCUCAAAUCAGAGUUAAGUGGAAAUAUGGAAGAACUGAUCCUUGCCCUAUUCAUGCCACCUACAUAUUAUGAUGCCUGGAGUUUACGGAAUGCAAUGAAGGGAGCAGGAACUCAGGAACGUGUAUUGAUUGAAAUUUUGUGCACAAGAACAAAUCAGGAAAUCCGAGAAAUUGUCAGAUGUUAUCAAUCAGAAUUUGGACGAGACCUUGAAAAGGACAUUAGAUCAGAUACAUCAGGACAUUUUGAACGUUUACUUGUAUCCAUGUGCCAAGGAAAUCGUGAUGAGAAUCAGAAUGUUAACCACCAGCUGGCUCAGGAAGAUGCUCAACGUCUCUAUCAAGCUGGUGAGGGGAGACUAGGGACAGAUGAAUCUUGCUUUAACAUGAUUCUUGCCACAAGAAGCUUUCCUCAGCUGAAAGCUACCAUGGAGGCUUAUUCCAGGGUGGCUAAUCGAGAUUUACUAAGUAGUGUUGCCCGUGAAUUUUCCGGAAAUGUUGAAAGUGGUUUGAAGACCAUCUUGCAGUGUGCCCUGAACCGCCCUGCCUUCUUUGCUGAGAGGCUCUACUAUUCUAUGAAAGGUGCCGGCACAGAUGACUCCACCCUGGUCAGGAUUGUGGUCACUCGAAGUGAGAUUGAUCUUGUACAAAUAAAACAGAUGUUCAAACAGAUGUAUCAGAAGACCCUGAGCACAAUGAUUGUAAGUGACACAAGUGGAGAUUACCGAAGGCUUCUGCUGGCCAUUGUGGGCCAGUAGGAGGGAUUCUUAAAUAAACGAAGCUCUUCACAGCAUAUCCUUCAAAGCAGUGACUGACCUGCAUGCAGCAAUAUCAACCAUCACCAAACCAAAAGAGCUUUUUACUAAGCAUUGUGUCAGGGUAUUGUGCUUGGUUUGCACAUGUGGUUAUUGCCUUAAUUCCAAUGUUAUUUUUUUCUCUAUAUACAAUCAACGUGAAGCCAUAUCACGAUGAUGUAGUAUUAACGCGAUAUUUGUAAGGCAUAAUUCUCACUGUUCUUACUCUAACCAGGGUCCCAAAUUGAAUAAAAAUCACAGCAAUCUCUAAUUCUGUGUAAUAAUGAUGAAUAAAAAAAAAGUUGCUGAAACUCUGCCUUCCAAAGCCCCAUAGGUCCAUUGGACAGUUAUAGUUGGUAGUAUAUCAAAACUAUAUUUUUAAAAAAUUCAGCUCUUUUGACAUAGAAGAGUAAUUUGCAUCUUAUUUUACAUAAAUUGGUAUUUUAUAUUUAUAAACACUAAACUUUCCACAUAGUGAAUAGAUGAGUAUUGCCUGUAACAACUUUUUAAAAAGGGAUUAUAUGUUUAUGUGCAUAAAAUAUAUAGCCUACUUUUUUUUGUCUACUAAAAUUCUCUAAAGAUCUUUAUUGGCCCUUGGCUUUAAAAAAAAAUUAUGAAAUAGCUUCUCGACCUUUUGGCUAAGAUGAAGUGUAAAAAAAAAAAAUUAUGACUUUAAGAAUUAGUUGUAAUUUAAUCAUGAUUCAAGAAAGUGAAGCUUCACAUGUAGGAGGUGUUCAGUUAACGAGUGAAUGAAGCUUAAAGCAUCACUGGGAAAAUUGAGUGCUAGCUCUUUGGAGAAGUGUUCAGGAGCUCAGUUAGUGGUAUAGGAGGAUGAUUGCAACACCCAUUGGUUUACCCCCAGUACUGAGCAAUUACUUAUUGAGUAUAUUGAGCAUUAUAAUGGGUAGCCAGGAGAAAUAUGAAGGAAGGAAAUUUAUAAUAUACUGGGGGUUCUAAAUAAAAAGACACCAAAAAAAAGUGGUAAAUGUUAGAUUAUAAAUUCUGCUGAGAGGAGAACCGUAGUUCUUUGUGUGAAGCUCCCUGGCACAAAGCAGAAAUUUAAUAGAUUUUACGAAUGAUUGUACUAAGAACUGAGGAGAAGAAUAGUAAAUAUGAAUUAUAAUUCAAUGAACAGUUUUGUGUACAUACCAAGGGGCAUAUAAGUUGGCAUAAGAUACAACCUUACUCUUAGAUAGACCUAUGUACGAUUGUAGCAUAAGGUAAGAUACAUGGGUAGAAGGAUAAUGGGUUAAGAUGGAUGUUAAUUACUUUUUAAAAAAAAAGUAUCAUUGAGGGUUGCCUGGGUGGCUCACUUGGUUAAACGUCCGACUCUUGAUUUCGACUCAGGCCAUGAUCUCACGGUUUGUGGGAUCGAGCCCCACAUGGAGCUCUGCGCUGAUAGUGAGGAGCCUGCUUGGGAUUCUCUCUCACCACCUCUCCCCUACUUGCACUAUCUCCCUCUCAAAAAUAUAUAAACAUAUAUUUUAAAAGUAUCACUGAAAAAGUUCAGUUUGGAUGUAGGUUUUAAAAAAGUAACAGUGAUGAGAUUUGGUAAAGAUGAGAAAUGGGGGUAAGGUAUUAAGGAAAGAAAAGAUAUGAUCAAUAAAAUAUAUUUUUUAAACCUUUUGAAAAUUAGAUAGAAUUCAUAUACCAUUCACCUUUUUAAAGUGUACAACUCGGUGGUUUUUAGCAUAUUCACAAAUCUGUGCAAUCAUCACUAUAAUCAAUUUUGAACAUUCUUAUCACCCAAAAAGAAACUUUGUACCUAUCAGUAGUCACUCCUCAUUCCCCCUCCUCCUGUCCAGCCCGUGGCAAUCACUAAUCUACUUUGUCUUUCUAUGGACUUGCCAAUUUUGGACUUUUCAUAUGAAUGGAAUCAUUAAAUAUGUGACCCUUUGUGUCUGGCUUCUUUCAAUUAGCAUACUGUUUUUUCAGGUCCAUCUGUGUUGUGGUAUGAAUCAGUCUUCAUUCUGUUUUAAGGCUAAAUAAUCCACUGUAACAAGGACACACAUUUUUUUUUUUUGUCCAUUCAUCAACAGAUGGACAUUUGGGUUGUUUUUACCUUUUAACUAUUAUGAAUAAUGUUGCUGUGAACAUUUAUGUACAAGUUUUUGUGUGGACACAUGUUUUCCGUUCUCUUGGCCAAGGAACUAGGAGUGGAAUUGCUGAAUGAUAUACUAUCUUUAUAUUUAGCUUUCUGAGGAUCUGCCAGACUGUUUUCCAACAGCUGCACCAUUUUACAAUUCUACCAGCAGUGAUCCCAGUUUCCAAAAUUUUUUUUUUUUUUUUUUUACUAAAUUUCUCUUCAUCCUCACCAACACUAUCAUUGUCUGUCUCUGAUUAUAGCCAAGUGGAUGUGAAAUGACCUCUCAUUGUGGCUUUGAUUUGUAUUUCCCUUUCUUGUGCUAAUUGGCCAUUUGCAUAUCUUCUUUGGAAAAAUGUUUUCUAAUACUUUUUCCAUUUUAAAAUUGGGUUAUUUGUCUCUUUAUUGUUGUAAGGGUUAUUUAUAUAUUCUGUGUAGUAGACCCUUAUCAGAUAUUAUUUUAUUUUGUAUGCUUCUAUGUGUUUUUAUGAAGUCAGUUUAGGUUCAGCCAUAAGAGGAGACACAAGAGAGGCUCAAGAACAUUAUUAUAUUCAAACUUUCUAGAGACCAGAGGCACUGCACACACAGGGCCAUAUGGGAAGGAUACCAGGGUGGUCAGGAGGAGGGCCAGAGGGGAAUGCUUAGGCCAUGACCUUUAUUGGGGUUUCUAAGGGAGAAGCAAAGUUGGAUAGGAUAAAUAAUUCAGUAUUGGCUAGUUUGAAUAAUUUUGGUAAUUUUUGAGCUAUAUGGGUGGUCUCUAGUGUCCUUUUACCUGGCUCUAGGAUAAUUAAAGUAGAGGAAUAUUGCCUCCUCGGGUGCAGGGCCAAACGUAAGAGGUAAGGCUCUGGAUUGGUUCGUUUGCAUGUCAAAGGCAUGCUCCUAGUUGGGGGCCUUUGCUGUCUCUGAAUGGGCUAACCAGGGAGAAGGCAGUCACUCCCCAGUCAGAAAAGUUUUUUUAAGGUAGAAAAUAUAAUACACAAAAAAUUAUAUACCCACACAAUAUAUAUUUACAAAGAUUUUCUCCUGUGGACUGCCUUUUUCCUUUUUUUUUAAGUUUUUUUUUUUUUUUUUUAAGUAAUCUCUAUACCCAACAUGGGGUUCAAAUUCAUGACCCCACAUCAAGAGUUGCAUGCUGUAUGGACUGAACCAGCCAGGUGCCCCUUUUUUACUUUUCUGCUGGUGUUCUUUGAUUUUAAAGCACAAAACUUUAAAAUUCUGAUUCCAGUUUUUCUAUUCUUUGGUUGCUUGUACUUUCAGUGUCAUGUCUAAGAAACAAUCGUCUAAUGCAAGGUUAACAUGAUUUACCCCUAUGUUCUCUUCUAAUAUUCUAAUGUUUUUAGCUUUUACAUUUAGGUCUUAGUUCAUUUUUAUAAAUGGUGUGAAGGUGUUCAACUUAUUUGUUUCGCAUUUUGAUAUAUGGUUGUCCCACCAUCAUUUGUUGGAAAGACUAUUCUUUUCCCACUGAAUUGUCAUGGCACUCUUACUUUAUUUCCGAACUCUCAACUGUAUUCCAUUUGUCUAUAUGUUUAUCCUUAUGCCUUGAUUAAGCUACACUUAAUACUUGAUAAAUGUAGUUUUGUAAUAAGUUAUAAAUUGGGAAGUGUGAGUCUUCCAACUAUGUUCUUUUUCAACAUUGCGUUUGCUAUUCUGGCUCUCUUGCAUUUCCAUACGAAUUUUAUUUUAUUUUUUAAUUUUUUUUGAUGUUUAUUUUUGAGAGACAGAGACAGUGUAAGCAGGGGAGGGGCAGAGAGAGAGGGAGAUACAGAAUCUGAAGCAGGCUUCAGGCUCUGAGCUAUCAUCACAGAGCCCGACGCAGGGCUCGAACCCACAAAUUGUGAGAUCAUGACCUGAGCUGAAGUCGGAUGCUCAACCAACUGAGCCACCCAGGCACCCCUUCAUAUGAAUAUUAGAAUCAGCUUGUCCAUUUCUGCAAAAUAUCCAUCAGGGAUGUUGACAGUGAUUACUUUGACUUUCUAAAUCAAUUUGAGGAUGAGCAGUACAUUUGAUUGUAUUAAUGAAUGUUGUCAGAAAUAAAUUGACUGGAAAUAACAGAUUAGCUAAUUAGAAACAAUUUUUUUGGAGUAAUGUGAAAGGAGUUUGUUGGGAUAGUGAGUCAUCUAGUGGAGGUUUCUGAAACCCAAACUAAAGUUUGAAUUUUAUUAGAUGAUAGAACUUUUUUUGUCCCCCAAAUUGGUUUGUAUAUGUAGAUGACUUAAUUCUGAUUCUCGGUACUGUUGUAUUUUCUGUGGCACUAAAAAGGGCCUUUUCCUUGUUUUCUUGCAAAGUUGAUGUUUUAAAUCUGUCAAAAAACAUUUGAAUGCCUUUCCUUGUAAGGAUUACAUGAAAUUCAGAGUGGUCACUGCUAUGCAUUCCAGGAGAAUAAAAGAACUAUAUAACACAAGGUUUUACCAUCAGGCAUUCCACAGUCUAAUGAUAAAGGGUUAAUUAUGUUUAAGGAAGUGACACCUGUUAUUUAUCCUUUCUUGCCUUGGCAUCAUGAGUGAUCUAGAACAGUUCCCUAACAAAGACUUGGCCGUAACCCUUGCUUAUUAUGUAAAAAAGUAUUUCGUGGGCAAGGUAGGAUGGCUCUCUCAGUACUAAUUCACUCAGAGCCCUCACCUGGGAAAAAAUCCAGAGAGAAAUUACUCAGUAGUUCCAUAGGUCUAUUUGUUUUAAUUACUAAUAACACUGCAACAUUUAAAAGAUUUUUUUCUUAAUUUUUAUAAUUUUAAUAUGUUUAUAACAAAUAAAAUUUAUUUUUAAAAUUUG